UAUGCAGACCAAGCAUUUCAAGUUUAGCGGAUAAUGGUAUGGAUCCUUCUGCAGAACGUCAAAGUCAAGAUACAUCUAGUUUGCCCGUUCAAUCAUUUAAAGAAACGACAGAAAAAACAGUCGCACUCAAUAAUCGAAGCACUUCAACUUCGACGUGUUGUGUUAUGGAUCUUUCUGCAGAAUGUCAAAGUCAAGAUACAUCUGGUUUGUCCGGUCAAUCAUUUAAAAAAACGGCAGGAAAAACAGGCGCACAUAAUGAAUCAAGCACUUCAAGUUUAGCGGAUAAUGGUGUGGAUCCUUUUGCAGAACGUCAAAGUCAAGAUACAUCUGGUUUGCUUGUUCAAUCAUUUAAAGAAACGACAGAAAAAACAGACGCUCUUAAAGAACCAAGCACUUCAAGUUCAAUGGCUUAUAAUACAAAUUCCGCUGCAGAAUGUCAAAGUCAAGAAACAGUUGAUUUGGAUCCUCAAAUGUGUGAACAAUCGAAAAAGGAAACAAGGGCACAUGAUAG